CUCGAACAACAUGUGCCAUACGAACUGUCACUGUCACAAAUUCCAUGUUGCUUUUUUCUACAUCAAAUUCAAAACAAUUCCAAUUAAAAAAUGUUAAAAGACGAAUUUUCUCCACUUUAUUUAUUUAAUUUUAAAGAUAACUUAAAAGAAAAUGAUUUCCCAGAACCAGAACUGAAAGAAAUCUGGUCAUGCAAAUUUGAUUUGGAUAAAUUCGAAAGGAUUCUCCACAAUUUCCUAAAAUCCAACGAUGAAACGUUAGAUGAUGAUGUAAAAAAGGAUUUCCUUGCUGCUAUUUCAUUAGUUCUGGUAUUUGUCCAAAAUAAUUUCACAGGAUCAUUUGAAAAUUUGGAUAAAUUCAAAGAAAUUGUAAAGAAAACGUUUCCAAACGAUUUCGAAGCUACAAAGAAAUUGAUGGUAAAUGGAGAGGAAAUCAAUUUGAAUGUACAAAUUCCAGAGUUUCUUCACGUAGCAGAGGAGCUCCUCAAGCGAGUUUUACCUAAAUAUCCCAAUUCACUUAUCGUAAAUUGGUGGAAACUUCGUGUCAUUUGUAUUCAUCAAAACAUCCUCGAUGAUCUUACGAGUGAUUUGUAUGAAGAACUCAAGAAGACAUGUGAAUUUCUCCUUGAACAUGGAAGCACGUUGAAUGACACUGAAUUGGAAGCUUUGCUGUACCUCGAGAUCUCUUAUGGCUACUUGCUCUUCCAUCGGACGCAGAAGUGUGAAGAUGUCCUGAACAAAUUGUGUUCUAUGCUAGAUGUUGAGCUUAAUGUCGAAGGUCUCCUUGGGCUCAGAACGAAAUUCCAGCAAAAGGCCCUGCCUCAGCUUUGUCUCAAAGUCAAACAAAACAAAGAGCUAAAUGUGCCUUCAUCUUCAGACUCCAAUGGCUCAACUAAUCUACCCAAAUUACUAAAGUUGGACGAUGACACAAGGCUUGAGAAGAUCCGUUUCCUCAAUGUGGAAGAUAAUAAUGUAAUGUCCCUUCCAAGCAUGCUGCAAGCAGUUGUUUUAGCCAAAGUAAAAUAUGUUAAGCGUUCCCAGCCCACUGACCGUCUAGCUGAAGAAGAAAUCGAACCCUACCUCAAUACACUGCUCUAUCAAGACCACGGUCCACUAGCAGUACGUUUGGCUACGCUCCUCUUGAACAUCACUCAGGAAUGCAAACAAAAUCGAACUGUCGAAAGAAGUCUCAAGCAGUGUGAAGAAGUGGUGAAUUUGAUCAAUGGCACCACGUAUUCCCUUCCCGAGAGACUGUCAUAUGGCUUUGCGUCCUUUAUUCUCCCCAAAUGGGAAGUCCAGAAGCAGUUGGGUGAAUUGAUGGUGAGUCUGGGUAUGACCAAGUCAGCUCUGGAUCUAUAUCUUCAAAUUCAAGCCUGGGAGAAGGUCAUUGAGUGCUAUACAAAGCUUGACUUGCGCCACAAAGCCGCAGAAAUUGUCCGUCAAGAGUUGGAGAAGAAACCCACAGUCCUUCUGUAUUGUCUUCUGGGUGAUGCCACCGACGACGUCAAGUGCUACGAGACUGCAUGGGAAUUCAGUAAGCAUACCAGUGCCAAAGCACAAGCUCACUGGGGUAGCUAUUUCUUUGCCCGCAAAGAGUACGACAAGGCAUUGCCACAUUUUGAGAAAUCCGUCGAGAUAAACUCGUUGCAGGAACGAAUAUGGCUGCGAUUAGGCUAUUCAGCGAUAACUCUGGAGAAAUGGGAAAUCGCUGUUCAUGCUUACAUAACUUACACCCAUCUGGAGCCUCUGGGCUAUGAGUCAUGGAAUAAUCUUGCAAAAGCGCUCAUAAAGUUGGGAGACAAGAAACGAGCCCAUAGAGUCCUUGGGGAGUCCCUUAAGUGCAACUAUCAGAAUUGGAAAGUCUGGGAAAACUUUAUGUUGGUCAGUGUGGAUACGGGUAACUUUGAGGACGCCAUAAAUGCCUACAAUCGCUUGAGUGAAUUGAAAGAUCGAUACAUGGAUCUGGAGGUUCUAUCGAUUGUCAUGACAGCCAUAGCCAAGGACACCCCCGACGCCCAAGGCAGAUCAACACAACGAUUGGUGAAGAAAGCAAAUACCUUGUUAGGACACCAGUGUGUCAAGUUUGGUGCUGAGUCGAAAUUGUGGGAGUUAUCUGCACUCUUAGCUGCAACGCCUUUGAAUAAGGCCCAGAAACUUCAACGAGCCUAUCGAGCCUAUACCCAGAAGGACCUCGCAUGGGCCAGCAAACAACCGUCAUCCAUGAAAGUCCUUCAACUCUGCAAGGAUUUGAGUGAGCAUAGUUUGGAAGCUGUCGACAAGCACGACGAUUCAGAAAAAUCUAGUGUGAACUCGCAACUGUCUUCGGCCCGAUUAAGUGCGCAGGCUUGCAUAAGAUCGGUGGAGAAGGACAUGGAAAAGUGGGAUGAGAAUGAGAAAGUCUUAGCUGAGCUGAAGGCUUUGUUUGAAAAACUAACAGAAGUUCUUAAAGAACGAAUGAAAUAAAGUUUUUUUUUAUACAUACUUUAAA